AUGGGCAAGGGACUCCCCAACGUCGUCGGCGCUCGCUGCCAUGUCAAUGGUCGCAAGAAGCACCAGAAGCGCCUCAGCGCGCCCUCGCACUGGCUUCUCGACAAGCUGUCGGGCACCUACGCUCCCCGCCCUUCGGCCGGUCCCCACAAGCUCCGCGACUGCAUGCCCCUGAUCGUCUUCCUGCGCAACCGCCUCAAGUAUGCGCUCAACUUCCGCGAGACCCGCUCCAUCAUGAUGCAGCGCCUCGUCAAGGUUGACGGCAAGGUCCGCACCGACAUCACCUACCCCGCUGGCUUCAUGGACGUCAUCACCAUCGAGAAGACCGGCGAGAACUUCCGCCUCAUCUACGACAUCAAGGGCCGCUUCACCGUCCACCGUAUCCAGGCUGAGGAGGCCGAGUACAAGCUCGGCAAGGUCAAGCGUGUCCAGCUUGGCCGUGGUGGAGUCCCAUUCUUGGUCACGCACGAUGCCAGGACCAUCCGCUACCCUGACCCUCUGAUCAAGGUCAACGACACCGUCAAGAUCGACCUUGCCACUGGCAAGAUCACCGACUUCAUCAAGUUCGACACCGGCGCCAUUGCCAUGGUCACCGGUGGCCGUAACAUGGGUCGUGUUGGUGUCAUCACUCACCGUGAGCGCCACGAUGGUGGUUUCAACAUCAUCCACGUCAAGGAUGCCAUUGACAACACCUUCGCCACCCGUGAGAGCAACGUUUUCGUCAUCGGCUCUGAGAAGCCCUGGAUCUCCCUGCCCAAGGGCAAGGGUGUCAAGCUCACCAUCGCCGAGGAGCGUGACCGCCGUCGCGCCCACGCCAUUGCUGGCCAGUAG